GACAAUACGUAAUAAUUUGCACUAAUGCAAACAUCACCUCCCACUGAAUAGGAGAGUAUGAAAUUAUGGAUGAUGAUAAUGACACUAAUUUCAUCCAAGACAGGAAGAUAUUAGUUUAAACGUGCAUACGCUGUUGCUGCUUCGUACAUACACACAUCUGCUCGAACCUUGGUCGUAAGGUGCGAAACUACAUGGAAGCCGACACAUUCGCUAAACCAAUAAACCUGGGACUCGAAUUUAUCAACAGUCGAAUUUAUCUGGUCAUGGAGUUGACGCCUGCAAAUUACUCGAGCAAGAACCCCACCCGAGCGGCGGAAUUGGAGGCUCAGGAGUACUCGGACUCGGACUCUCCACCGCCCUCAACCAAUGGCAGUGUCAUCGCUUUGGCCGUGGCGUCCGUCCCCAUCAUCGUCCUCAUCCUCAUCAUCGUCUCCUUCAAGAUUUGUGCCAGAGUUUGUCCCCCAGGACAACGCCGCAGUGACCUGACUUCUCGUCCGAGACGUAUGAGCACUUUCAGCACCGUGUCCACGACGGUGCUCUCACGGAACAACUCGUCCACUCAGGUCGGUCAGGCCUCGUCGUCGUCGUGUGGGGGAAGUCACCUAAAUUUGCACUACGUUCACCCGCACCAUCAGCAGCAGCACGUGACGACCAGGGCGGACGGGACACCGCUCUUCAUUGAGCUGGAAACGAUUCGAGAACCAGAAGAAGACCAGAAUGAAGAAGAACCGUUAAGCUUCCAGGUGAAAGCUUAAUUCGUUCCCAAGUUCAAAAGCCACCUCAACAAUCUCGCUCAGUGAUUAUAUUAAAAUGGUUUAUUAUUCACUAAUUAUCCUCCAAUAAUUAGCGUCAAUUUCGAGUAAUGGUUUUGCUAAUUUAGAGCAGCAAUAUUUUACGGGUUAUUUAUUCUCACCAUCAUCGGCGACUUGUGCAUGCAUACAAAAUUCCCUUUCUACUGUAUAUCUCGUGCCUAUUAUUUGUGUGUCCACCACAAAUUAUGCGUUUCCUGCCUGCGCAAAUGAAGGUUUCUAGACGAAGAAAAUGUAGAAAGUAAAAGUUGAG